AUGAAGCGACGGGCAAGGCGACGAAGAUGGAAGAGGAGGCAGAGUAGUGUUUUUAUUGCUAUGUUUUCUGAUGAAACACGAAGAUUAAUCGAGAUUCAAUUUGAAAAAGAACUUCUAAUUUGUCCCCCUUCUCUUUCUGAACGCAUUCUGGGAGAGAACUGUGAGGAUCCCAUUUCCGUUGCAUGGGGUUCUCUCAAGUGUCAUAAUGGAAAGAAACCAAAUCAGGACCGCGUACUCGUGUAUUCGGACAUGGAAAACGAAUACUUUAUUAUUGGGGUAUUUGAUGGCCACGGGAAAGACGGUCACUGUGUUGCUUCCGUCAUUAGGCAAGAGUUCCUUCUUUCUUUUCUUCAAUCGGGUACUUUUCCCCAGAGUGAAGCGUCUCGUGUCAUGCAACACGCUCUAGCUCACGCCGAGCAAAGCCUGAUUCAGAACAAGUCAAUUGACUCAAAGCGCAGCGGCUGCACAGCGAACAUCGCAUUAUUUAGUCUUCAUUCAGAACACCAACUUAGUCUCACAAGUCUUAAUGUUGGUGACUCAGAACUCAUCAUGCUCUCAAAAUCGAACGACUCGACCGACAUUUUAUCCAUUAACCAAACCCACUCUCUAACAGCUGUUGAAGAGCAGCAGCGAAUCGAAAAAUCGGGAGGAUUCGUCUCCGUGUAUCAAAUUGUACCAUACGUUCCUCCAAUCCCCCGUGUGUUUGCAAAUAAGGAAUGUACACGAGGAGGUCUGGCGAUGAGCCGAUCGAUUGGAGAUGAGCUGAUUCAUCGAUACGGAGUGAUUUCGGACCCCACAUUCGAGAUUCUUGAUUUUCAGCAAUCUGCGAAUCAUGACGUGAUUCUUCUGUUUGGAAGUGAUGGAUUUCUAUCGUACAUGGAGAAAAGCGAAAUAGUAGGUUAUUUCAAGAGUGGAGAAGACCUUGGCAAUUGUCUGUCACAUGCUCUGCAGGCUGCCCAGACGCACUUGCUGGAGCUGACGGGGAAGAAAUACGCGGAUGACACAAGCGGAGUUGCUGUUUGUUUGUAUAGCAAGAUUCUCAAGAGGUCGAGAAUAGUUGCCGAAUGA